CUAUACCAAACGAACAGUCACUAUUCUCCGACUCUUGAUAUCCUCUAAAUCUUUGUGGAAAUGAUAGCAAUCACGUUCGUUUAACUAUUGAGCCCAGAACCUGCGCAACGUUAUUUUUCACCAAGUUAUCUUCCCAGAGGCUUUGUCCUAGAAUCCCUUUACCUAACCGGUUAUCCAACAGGCAAUAAAGGGAACGAAGGAUGUCGAGCCUUUCGUUCGAUCCUGUUGUCCGACAGAGAGGGAAUGGGUGGCAGUUGAGUUACCAGCUGCCACAUCGAGUCUACGAUACGAAAGCGUAUCCUAUACAAUCUUCAAAUGACUCCACUCUAAUAAUAUAUGGCCAUGACCUUGGAAUUCGAAUCUUGUGGAGAGGUGGGAGAGCCUUCAAAUCACAACAGCAACAGCCACCCGAGCAAGAAGAACCAACAACCAACGGAACGCGAAACGAGGAUGUCAUUAUGAUAAUCGACUCAGAUGAAGAAACCCCUGCCCCAGAAGCUAAGGGUUUUAAUACUCAAUCAGUGGAAUUCGAAUCCGAAGAGGACGAGCUCGAUCCGUCGCGACCGUUUCAUGACAUACUGCGCCAUAUUGACAUACAACUUGGGGUAAAGGUUCUGGGGCUGGCAGUCCCAACAUUUUCUUCAGAACAACUCCGAUCAACACUUGAGUCGUAUCCGCAGAUAUUCUCUAAUACUGCCGUCUUUGCAGCGGCUUGCUCCGACUGUUCUAUCCGAGUCUUCACAAUACCCCUAACACCUCCUAAAAACCCUGAAGAUAGCUCGUCGUGGGGUCUUCAAACUUUUACAAUCAGCACUGGGUCCAUUCAAGCCACUCCAUCUGGUGUUGCCGUGACUGUCACGGCGCGAAAGCCUGGUGAAAGCGGUAAUAGGUUCAAACCUCAAAGCCGAAACCGCGCUCCUAAAGGCUUCUCCGAUCCUGAACCCGAUGACGCCUGGGAUCUCCUAGUAGCUAUACAUUCCGCUGAAGGAUCUGGUACCCUUUCAAUAUAUCGAAUUCCUAUCGCUUACCAGCCCGGCCAGCUCAAGGUUUCCUUGAUUCUACCAUCCGAACCUACUUUCCCAAUACAACAACUGCUACUGCCAUCUCCAGCAAAGACUAUUUCAUUCAACCCUUGCCAAUAUCCCUCAGACCGCCACUCUCAUCUACUUGUAUCAUUCGCCAGUGGCAGUGUUAAAAUUUAUUCAUGCUUGACGUCACCAUCUCGUAAACCAACUAUUGACGCACGUGGGUCAUCCAGUGAUACCGAUCUCAAAGAAGCUGAUGGGGCUUGGUUAAUUACCCUUUCUCCUGAGUUUUGCCGUAACCCUGUCGGCAUCCCCCGACGGAAAACCGUAGUGGAUGCAGCAUGGGUUCUUGGUGGAAAGGCCAUCAUGGUUCUUCUAUCCGAUGGAUCGUGGGGUAUCUGGGACCCCGAGGGAGCAGGCCCUGGGAGUAAGGACCAUACUAGCACUUCGCAUGACCAAAGUGCUUCGUCUACUAGAGGUGGUUCAUUGUCAUCUUUCACAGUCUCUGGCUUUAUAUCCGGUCCUGUAUCAUCCUCAAAACCUCUUAUAUUUGGACCAAUAACAGAUCCCCGAUCCAGUUUCACACCCAUGACCCCGUCUACCAGACGCGUCCGAGAAGACACACUCUUCAAAGGUUCUCCUGUGAACACCCCAUCAACAUCAUCAACGAGAGGUAGAAUUUCGGUAACAACUGCUAAAAUUUCAAAGGACGGACUCCCUGAUGAAUCGAUUCUCAUAUGGCAUGGUUCUCAGAAUAUCCGAAUUCCCAGUUUGCUAUCGCUAUGGCGAAAUACCACAAAACCCACCGGUCCAUUCAAUUCUUCGAGUAGCUGCAAACCAAUUCCAAUUGGGAAUCUCAAUCUCCUGGGGGAAAAUCAAAAUGGAAUCACUCAACUGGCAAAUACUUCCUCCACUGUGGAUAAAGAGGACAACAAACCCGUUAUCCCCGAUGUUUUAAUAACGGCAGAGCAUCAACUCGUCAUACUAACACCAAAACCGUCGAGAUCAGGACAUGUUAUAUCCGAAUCCACCGUCCAAGGAAAUCCAAACGCUUCAGUUGAAAAUGAUCAAUUUAUGCUAAGGAGGGGAGAGUUGGAUCUUGAGGGCAUGGACAGAGUAUUAUCCAAUAUGGCAGAAAGCAUGCGACCAAUCGACGCGUUUCGGAGUCCACCAAAAAAAGGGAUAUUCUCGUAGAGAUACCUACGCUUGUAGAUACCCCAUGAUAUGUGUUCAACCCUUUGUCCCGUUUCCCAUUUCUUCUCUCUUCCACACCCAAAUCAGCGAACGCCUUCACAUAAUAAGCCCGAAGAACGGAAUACAACUCAACUAACUCUUUAAUUUAGAGCCAAUAUACCCGUGACAAAGAAAUGUAAUUGGCGAUUUUAUUUCUC